GCGCUCUCAAAAUUUCAUAGCCAAAAUUUUGAAACCCCCACACCAAACCCUCCCUCCCUUUUAUAUUCACACCCCGCCCGAAUCCACCCCCAAAAAAUCAAAACCCUCAAUUUCAAUUCCCCCCAAAUUCCCAAAUCUCAAUUCCCCAAUUCCUUUUUCUUUCCCAUCUCGAUUGGCUCCCAGAUCACUCGCUUCUCUCCCUUCCUAGCUAAAAAACGCUCUGUGAUUUCUAGGGUUUCCACAAAUCUAGGGUUUCCGCAAUUCUCUCUCAAAGUCCCGAUCUUGAUUCGAUUGCUCUGUACCCAUGGCGUCCGAAGACCUAGAGGAGAAGAAGCCGGAAGAGGAAGCUCCGGUCGAGGACAAACAGGAGGAGGCUGAAGCUUAUGAGGAUGCGAAAGAGGAGGUCGGAGAGGACGAAGAGAAGGAGGAUCUGCUGGAAGUUGAAGAGAAGGCGACGGAGAACGAGGGAGAGGUAGGUGAAGAAGGUGAAGAGACUACUCCCAAGAAAGGUAAGAGAACUCGGAAAACUAGCAAGACUCCGGUUGUGAAGAAGGCGAAGAAGGAAGGCGAGGAGAAGGAGCCGGUGACUCCGGUGAGUGAGAGGCCGACCAGGGAGAGGAAGGUAGUUGAGCGCUACUCGGCUCCGGAGAGUGGGAGGUCUUCGGCGACGAAGCCAGUGAACAUUGAGAAGGGUCCUGGGACGCAGCUUAAGGAUAUUCCUAACGUGGCUUUCAAGUUAUCAAAGAGAAAACUGGAUGACAACCUGCAAAUACUGCACACAAUUCUUUUUGGGAAGAAAGCAAAGUCUUACAGUUUAAAGAGAAACAUCCUCCAGUUUUCAGGUUAUGUGUGGGCUGAGAAUGAGCAAGAAAAACAGAGAACAAGGGUAAAGGAGAAGCUUGAUAAGUGUGUUAAAGAAAAGUUAGUGGAUUUUUGUGACGUGCUUAACAUUCAAAUCAAUAAAGCCGGCACAAAGAAGGAAGAACUUUCUGCAAAAUUAUUGGAGUUUUUGGAAUCGCCACAUGCUACAACUGAUGUUCUGCUCGCUGAAAAGGAACAGAAAGGACAAAAGCGAAAGAAGAAGGUUACACCAAGUAAGAAUGCAGGUUCUGGAGAAGGAUCACCGGAAACAUCAGCCAAGAAACAAAAGGACACACCCAGUGUUGAAAAGAAUGAAGAGUCAACCAAGGAUGAAGAAGACGAACUUGAUGAUAAUGUUGAACCUUCAGAUCCGAAAGAUGAUCCUCUUGAAGAAGAUGAUGAUGACAAGUUGAAUGAAGAAACUGAUCAUGGGGAGAAAUCUGAUGAAGAUGAAGAUGAAGAUGAACCAAAGGACCAGGUGGCAAGUCCAAAACGUUCAUCAAAAGAUGUGAAGGAGGGCUCAAAGGUUAAAACUGGGAAGUCAACACCAGCUAAGAAGAAAACCCCUGCGAAAACUCCUACAGAUUCGGAAAAGAAAACUCGUUCUUCAAAAAGAGGUGCAAGUGAUGCUGAUGGAGCUUCUGGUUCUAAAGCCAAGGGAUCUGGGAAAAAACAGAAGACUGAAAAGGAAAGCCCAAUAGAUAGCAAGGGUAAAACCACUAGCAAGAAACAGUUAAGCAAGUCCCCAGCCAAGGUUCCGGAAAAGGAUCAAGUGAAAGGCAAAACUAGCAAGAAAGCAAAGGCAGAGCCCACAAAAGAAGAUGUGCAUGCUGUCAUUGUUGACAUCCUUAAGGAAGUUGACUUCAAUACUGCAACUUUAUCUGAUAUUCUCAAGCAACUUGGUACCCACUUUCAAAUUGAUUUAAUGCAUAGAAAAGCAGAGGUGAAGGAGAUAAUUACGGAUGUAAUUAAUAACAUGACUGAUGAGGAAGAAGAGGAUGAAGAACAGGAAGCAGCUGGUGAUGAUUCAGAGAAAGAGGACCAUGAUGAUGCUUAGUUUUCAGUUGAUAGUGGGUCAGUAAUAUGAACCCUGCGGUGCAUUCAUCAGGUAGUUCAUAACUUAAGAAUCGGUGAAAAAUGGCUUUGGAUGCUUGGGUCCAUGUGUUUUGUACCAUAUUUAUUAACCUCUUAGUAGUGUUGAACUGACCUCAAAUUCAUAUGUUAGUUCUGUAAUUUUGGUUGCCAAGUUUAAACCCCCUCCUGUAAGAGUUGUUUAGCUGUAAUUGUCAACUUGUUUUCGUUAGAAAUGAGUAGUAAGUGGGUUUAUCAUCUUAUAUUUUUCUUCCUUGUGAAUCUGCAACAGUAUCAAUGAAUUAUUGUCCUUGUGAAUUCUUUGUCAAGUAAUAAUAAACCCUUUACACCAUUGCAUGGUGUUGCUGAAUGAAUCGUACUGGGUUCGAUUCCUAUUUAUCAUAUACAUACAUCAGUUGUUC